CCGGCAGAGCAAAGCAAGCAAAAAGGGGAAAAACUGUUCCGCCGGGCCGACGACGGCCGGGGCCGGCGAUGGAUCCUGCGCGAGGAGCGGAAUUAAAUAGCGCGUGACCCCCGAGGCGGGCAAAUCUGGAUGCUUCCUUCCGUUUCCACCUCAACCCGUCCCACCGCUCCCAGUCCCGGGACGUACGGUGACCCCACACCACACCACCACAACCCCUCCGUCCUCUUCGCGGCUGCGGUGCGGCCCCGGGAGUUCCUUGAUUCGGCGGGCAUCGCCAUGGGAGGGCGUCGCUGGCUAGCUGUGGUAACCUGACCUCGCCGCUGCAGCUCUGUAGGUAGCUAGUAUUCCAGAGGUGAUUUCUCCUCUCCUGAUCGACAGAGGGCAAAUCUGGUUCGUGACCCCCCAGUAUCAUAUCAGAGAGGGCCACGGUUUUGCUUAUCAAUGUGUUAGGAGUUAGGACCAAGUACUGGAGCUAUUUCGUGGUUCCGAUGGAGUCUAAGUGUGUGAACGACCAGGACACCUUGAUCGACCUGGAGAGUGGCAACGGCACUGCAGUGAUCAACCAUAGCAACGACCUGGAGAGUGGUUGCGUGUGUGCGUGCGCCAACGGAUGUCCGAGGGAUGACAGGAACAACCAGCACAUGGACUGCUCUUCACCGGCUUCGGACGCCGUUGCUAGAAGUGGAGACGACAGGAAGUCCGAGGGGGAGGAGAAGCUGGGCCUGGGCCUUCUGGACAGCUCGGGAGGGGACAAGGCGAAGAAGAAGCGGUCGAAGAAGAAGCCGCCGCGGCCGCCGAGGCCGCUGACGCCUACGCCGCUGGACGUCUCUGACCAGAAGCUCCUCAACGAGCUGAGCGAGCUUGCCGUGCUGAAGCGGGCGAGGGUCGAGCGGAUGAAGGCCUUGAAGAAGAUGAAGAACGCCAAGCAAGGGUUCUCGGGUGGCAAUCUGUGCCCCCUGAUCGUCACCGUUAUCUUCUGCGUCGUCAUUCUCUGGCAAGGUUUCUUCUCGGGACACGGGCCGGCGGUGAGCUUCCAUGGAUCACCGGAAUCGUCGAUCAGGGGGACGCGCAGCAGUCUGAUCUCCAUCAGGUUCUACAAGAACCAUUCCAACACGAGGCCACCACCAUUCAGCGAGACCACUGCAGCUCCCGAGUACGUCUGGAUCGGGGUUGUGCCUCGCCAGCCCCACUAUGGGAUCCGCCUCCGAACUUGAAGCGUAUGGACUAUUUAGAGGGUAUUUGGUUUGAUAAAAUUUAUUUUUUAAAUUUGGUGAAAUAGUCUAAUUUUUUAUGUUAAUACUAACUAACUAUGAGCAAUAAGGUGAUGAUGAAUCAACUCAUUACAUUCUACAAACCAAACAAAAAAGAGAGAAGUAAGAAAAUGAUGGAUCUAGGCUGACGCAUAGUGCUUAGGCACUCAUGAGGUGUUUUGGUUCACCUAACUAAAUGUUGGUAUGUGUUACAUCAAAUAUUUGAAUGCCAGUCACAUGUAUUAAAUAUACUUCAAUUACAAAACUAAUUGUAUAGAUAAAGAUUAAAUUGUGAGAUAAAUUUAUUAAUUCUAAUUAAUCCAUAAUCGGCAAAUACUUGUCAUAGCACCACGCAUGAGCAAUCUAUAGACUAAUUGAGUUUAAUAGGUUCAUCUUGUCCUUUAGUUCCCGUCUUCGUCUGUAUAAUUAGAUUAUUUAAUAUUUCUAACUAGCAUCCACAGUAGGGAUUAAAAUUUAGUGGCGAUAUCCAGACACCCCCUUCAGUUAGGAUGCUAUGCUUUUGAACAGUAGUGGGGGUGAGCGGGUGAGGUUCGGUCCAGAUUGCCAUCUUGUUGGUGACGGCCUUCACUCUUCUCAACUCUAGUUGGGAUUUGGGAAUCAUCCGGUACUAUAGACAAAGGCACAAUAUACAUUUUAUUCCUUACUCAUAGCCCUGAGUUGUUACUUCGCAAUAUUAAUGUGAAAUUUACAACGGUGUCGUUUCCCUUGUUUUCAGCUGAUGGUCGAAUAGGGCACAUCUCUUCACUUAGCUCUGGCAGCACUCUUCUGCGCCUCCAGCUUUUUGUAUAUUGUGUCAAUCUCAGACUGCAUGCAAAAGACGCUGGAUUAGAACUACUGAAAAGCAACAAAUUGUCUUUAUUUAUAUGCAUUCCAUACCUGGUAAUAGUUCAGCAUAUUCUUUCUCUUCUUCUUCAUUGUUGCAGUCACCAAAUCCCUCUCGAUGUCAAAAGGCACAGGAUCCAACACUACGCCUUUGAUGUACUCGAAGCCUCGUAGCUGAUUUGCGGCAUGCAAUAAGGGUUACCAUAUAUAAAACUAUAGAUCUGAAAUACAGUGAAAGUUUGAAACACAAGGAGUCUACAGAACUAAGAUGUUUUCUCUUCCUGUUUCUUGUACAAAACAGAAACAAGCUACAUUCAAUACUACAUUACGAUACUUUAAGGUGAA